AUGAGUCAAAAUACUUUACAAAAUAAUCAAAAUGAUCCCACUUUUACUGUAAUCAGUAAUUUGCAAUCUACUGUUCAACCAGAACAUUCUUCUUCAAAUAUUAAUUAUAAUGAUUUGAAUGUUAACUCUUCCGAUAAUAAUUUCACAACAAUUUAUACAAACACCAAUUACUCGGAUCAACAACAGUCCAUUUCUAAUAUUUCUAAUGAAAGUAUCGCUUCAACCCCAACUAUCUCAUCGUAUGCUCUGCAGUAUGCUGAGCCACAGCGGCCUAUCGAAAACAUUCCAUCUCUACUUGGUUCAUUUAACAUGACUACUAUUCACCCUUCUCAAUCUGAAAUCUUUAGUUUUGACAUUCCUGGAUUUAAAAUUGUCGUCAUACCUACUUUACCUCAACAAGAUAAUACUUAUUUAAAUUAUUCUUCUCCAGAUGUCUCAGACGCUCAAUUUACUCAUUUUCAACAAUAA